AUGUCCGAAGAGCGCAGCGUAUUUUCGAACGCGAUGCCUCCUCGAACAGAUCGUGGGACCGUGGUCGGCCUCGGCUUCGGCGUCGGCGUCGGCGCCGAAGGUAGGAGCGUCGCGACGAACCUUCGCGCGGGCGCUACUCUCAUGAAAAGCGUUUCUAUUUUUUUGAUGAGCGGCCGCAAAGCAUCCGUGACCUCGAAAAGAGUAACUUCCGGCAAUCCGAAGCACGAGCCACGAAUAAGGCAUCGCGGAAAAAUGCCGGACGGUGGACAGACCAGGAAUUCCACGCACACCAUCAAGCUAAUCGAAUCGCUCAGGAAGAAAACCAGAUUUUCCUGGCUGGAGUUGGAGAAUCUGUGCAAGCUUUACAAAACGUUAACCAGUUCUGGACAGCAACAAGUAGGGCAACCGUUCGUUAUCGGUAGAAGGCAGCAGCAAUCGAGUCAAACCUUAGCCUUACAGGGUAUCGACAGACCCGUGUUUCGGGACUCGCUCCAUAACAUGUUCAAAGUGAUCACGGAAGAUGCGCUGGUGGAACGUAUAUUUUGUUGUUGGGAUCGGGAAAACGAAGGAAUCGUCAGACUGGAACCGUGGAUCAUGGGUCUGGAUCUCUACCUUCGCGGCAGUCUACGGGAGAAGAUUGAAUUUUGUUUUAAGGUUUACGACCUGAACAACGACGGUUUCAUCACAAAGGACGAAAUCUUUCUACUGUUCAAAAACUGCUUGAUGAAACAGCCAGGAGAGGAAGAUCCGGACGAAGCGGUCAGAGAUUUGUCGGAAUUAGCGUUGAAGAAACUGGAUGUGGAUCGUGACGGAAAGAUUUCAUUUCAGGACUACAAGGUGGCUGUGACGGAGGAACCGUUGCUCCUCGAAGCCUUUGGACAAUGCUUGGCCACGGAAGAGAACUGUGCCCGUAUUUUGGCCACCUUACAAUAA